AUGGCUGGAGCAAGCUCCCUCCUCGGCGCUGCCCCUUUUGAGGGCCUGCCGGUCCCGGUCUCGUACCUGGCCGGCGCCUUUGCUUUGGUUUUCCUGCUCUGCCUCCGGGUGUCCAAGUUGGUGACGAGAACCGUGAUGCCUCAUCUCAACCCCAGGAAGGCAUUCGAGUUCACAGACACGCGCGUCAAGAAGCACUUCGUCGUGAACUCGCGGCCGAUGCUGGAGAGCUGGUUCUCUGCCCACCCCGACCAGCCGGCCCGAGUCAUUGGUGACAUAGGCGAGGUGACAGUGCUGCCGCACCGUCUGGCCAACGAGAUACGGAAUGACCCGCGCCUCAGCUUCGCACGCUGGAUUACCCAGGGCUUCCGAGAGGGCGGCCGAGAUUCGCACAUCGUCCAGGAUGUUAUCAUGAAAGACCUUACCAAGCAUCUGAACAAGGUGACCGAGCCGCUCUCCCAGGAAACCGCUUUGGCUGUGGACGAACUGCUCCCGGCAGCUGAUAACGAAGCAUGGAGCCCGGUGGUGCCGCGGGAGAUGCUCCUCCGUCUUGUUGCCCGUGUCUCCUCCCGCGUGUUCCUCGGCGAGGAGGUUUGCCGAGACCCGGACUGGCUUCGGGUGACCCGCGAAUACACGGUGGAUGGCUUAAAGGCGGCCGAAGAUCUGCGACUGUGGCCCGCUCCGCUAAGAUACUUGGUGCACUGGUUCCUGCCCUCAUGCAGCCGUGCUCGACACCACGUCCGGGAGGCCCGCCGGAUCAUCAACGGCGUGCUCGAGAAGCGGCGCUUGCAGAAGAGCCUCGGGGAAAAGGUCCAGUUCGAGGACGCGAUCGAGUGGUUUGAGCGCGAGGCUCAUGGACGGCCAUACGACCCGGCCGCCGCUCAACUCAUGCUGUCCUUCGCUGCCAUCCACACCACGACGGAGCUGGUCACCCAGGUUAUGACAGACCUGUGCAAGAACCCCGAGAUCUUCGGCGAGUUGCGACAGGAGAUCUCCCAGGUGCUUCGCGCCGGCGGGUGGAACAAGAACUCCCUAUACAACAUGAAGCUGCUCGACAGCGUCAUCAAGGAAAGCUUGCGCUUGAAGCCGACCAGUAUCAUCCUGAUGCGCCGGGUUGCCACCGACAAUGUCCAGCUUUCGGACGGCACCUUCAUUCCGCGGGGCGACACCAUCGCCGUUUCCGCACAGCACAUGUGGGAUCCGGAGGUGUACGACAAGCCGCGCGAGUGGGACGGGCGGCGCUUCCUGCGCAUGCGCGAGACCCAGGGCCAGGAGCACGUGGCGCAGCUGGUCAGCACCAGCCCAGAGCACCUCGGGUUCGGGCACGGCCAGCACGCCUGCCCAGGCCGCUUCUUUGCCUCGAACGAGGCCAAGAUCAUCUUGAUCCAUCUCCUGAUGAAGUACGACUGGAGGCUGGCCGAGGGCGCCCCCGUGCCCGAGGUCCGGUAUUACGCCUUUACUCUCCUCACAGACCGUGCCACCAAGCUGGAGUAUCGUCGCCGAGAGCCCGAGAUCGCCAUUUGA